CGAUUACAUCAAAUCUCCCAUCCCGUCCCGGUUCGACCGGUCGGAAGCUCUCCAACAGUCGAACGGCAGAACCCUGGACAGACGAAGGCUCUAGGGAGUAAGGAUCGAAGCUCUCUUUCAGCCCUUCUCUUCUCCACACCUUCCCCGUCCACUUUGCUCGGCACUCUGAUAAAGGAUGAGCUGGACACAGAAUAAUGUAUUCAAUUCCUCUGUGAAUCUCGGCACCCCUACUACGAGAAUCAGCAGAACAUGCUCUUUAUCUCAGGUUACCUUCGUUCGUAUGGCAGUGUUAUGUAUUUCUCCUGCUCAAAUACUACAGCAUCGAAAAAUGCAAAAUAUAGUUUGCAGUUUUCCGAAGUGCAAAUCAUGUGCUCCGACGUGCUUGUUUGGAGGAAAAAGAAACUCGAGAGAUGAAAACAAGGGUUUUUCAUGGGAUUCACUAAAGGAUGCUUUUAGAGGGUUGAGAAGGGAAAAAACAGUCCAAGAUAUGUUUCGAGAUCAGAUGCGGCAACAGGAAUUUGGCGGUGAUGGAAAUCCUCCUUGGAGCGGCGGCGGGGGCGGCAGCGGCGGCUCCGGUGACAUGGAAGAUGAAGGUUUUGCUGGAAUUUUAGAUGAGACGUUGCAAGUUGUUCUUGCCACUCUUGCCUUCAUAUUUGUGUAUAUUUACAUAAUCAAAGGUGCGGAACUAACCAUGCUCGCCCGAGACUACAUCAAAUAUCGUCUUGGCAGCGUGCCGAGCCUGAGACUGAAAAGAGUCAUGGAUAGAUGGAAGCGAGCUCUGGAUAAAGUUUCUUAUAUGACGGAGGAGAGCGAUGACUGGUUGAUACCAAGUAUUGUACUGACUCCUACCUGGUGGCACAGGCCUGAGGAAAUUGUGCGCCACAUGAAGAAGAAGAAGAGAGCUCAUAGACGCAACUGAAAUAUAGAGUAAGCUGCUGGCCUUCUUCUCCUAUUAAGUUGGUGAUUUCUUAUAUUCUUUCACUGCAAGUUUAAAUUUUCAACUCCAUGAAUGAAUUUAAGCCUGUUUUGAUGUAAUUUUGGUAUUUUAUGUAGAAUAACUCUGUUAUUUUUUGCUUUUAUAAGAGUUUUAUAUUUUAUCUAUAGGUGUAUAAUGUUGUGGUUAUAUGCUGGGCGAUUUGGUAACUGUGUAAAUUGUGAAAG